AUGGCAUCGGCGCAAGCAUAUGAUUAUUCCAAUUAUGAUUAUGGAGGUUAUACUUCUGAAUCAGUUUAUCCAUCGUCCGCUUAUCCAAGUCAUACAACAGCCUAUACCGGAUAUGAUACGUCUGUGUUACCCUAUGGAUCGUCUUCAUCGGCAUCUGCAACAUCGUAUCCCACUUAUGAUGGUUAUUCCACGGCGUCUUAUGCAUCAGGUUCUGCGUAUGCUUCAUCAACUGAUCCGUAUGCCGGAUAUUCAUCGUCGACAGCAUAUGCUCCUUAUUCAUCGUCCUCUUCUGCUCCCGCUAGUCAACCACCGCCGCAAUCUUAUUCCUAUGGUUCAUCAUAUGGUGUGACACCUUACGACCGUCGUACGCCUCCGUUGCCUCCUUCGUCUCAUCACACAGUUUAUGAUUAUUCUUCGUCUACUGGUGGUGGAAACUAUGCUACUGCCUCAUCAUACAAACCGUCUUUACCCAGUACAUCUCGCUAUUCAUCUCAACAACAUCCAGCUUCAGCAAGCCAUUAUCCACCACCUGCUAACCAUUCAGUUAUUCCAUAUCAACAUCAAUCAUCGCAUCAUAUUCAAACCUCUUCUGUACCUUCACAUCAUAUUCCUUCAACGCAUCAUCAAGGUUUACAUUCAUCACAUUCAUCAUCAUCACUCUAUGGUGCGCCGCCAAAUGGAGUUCAACCAUUGGCACAGCAUCAAGCACCAAUGGCCGGGGUUUAUAAUUCAAAUCCUCAAUUAAUGGCGAUAGCUGCACGACGGCCAAGAGAAUAUUUUCAACAACCCACAAUACAACCACAAUCAUUACCCAUGCAACAACAGCCACAAUCUGUUCAAUUACGUUUGCCACCACGAGGGGGCUAUCAACACGAAUUAGACGAGCCUGGUGAUGAAAAUGAAUUACUUCGACAUGUGAUAUUUAUCAGUGGUUUACCAAAAGAAAUACAAAAUGAAACAUUAGCUGAAGUUUUUGCUGCAUGUGGAGCAAUUGCACCGGUUGAUGUUCGUUCAACAAAACCAAAAAUUUGGGUCUAUAAAGAUCGUCAAACACGUGAAGGAAAAGGUGAAGCAACAAUUACAUUUGUUAAUGCUGACUCAGCACAAGCAGCCAUUGCCUUCUUUGAUGGUAUGUGUCAUGUUCCUGACAAUUUUAAAGCAUCUAUUUUGCAUAAGCGUCUGUUUAUAGAUAAAGAAUUAUUUGGUCGUUGUAUCCGUGUUACAUUGUGUUCUCGUCGUUUAUACAAUAUGCAAAAACAGAAUACACCAUUUAAUAAAAUAACAACAACAACGAAUAAUAACACAACUGUUGUAGCAGCUACAAAUGGUCAAACAGCAGCGACACCGAUUUCAACCGUACCAUUAUCAGGUAGUUCAGCAAUACAGCCUACAGCGAUUACUCACUCACAACAACAGCAACAAUUAUUGAGAUUACAUCAGACGCCCGAACAACAACGCGGAUUAUUACCAACGCCACCAAUCACGUUAGGAGGAGCACCACUCAUCCCGGCUGCAACACUUCCUCCACAACAACAACGUGAUGUACCAAGGAAAGAAUUACCGCGCAUUGGAAUGAAUAGAGGUACAUAUCCCCAUCAAUCCAGUGUUCGUCCAAAGCCAUAUUAG